GGAGAAUGCGGGGGCCGGAUCGAAGGGGGGGAAGGAAGAAGAGAAAAAGGGAAGGAUGGCAGAGGUGAAGGAGACUUUCAAAGGCAGGAGGGAGGCGGCGAGGGCUUUGGACGCGGCUUUCCUGCGCCUUAGUGGGGGACGCCGAGGGGGGCCAUGCCAGGUCCCGGUGAUGAUGGGCCGGACGCUCCGGGUCCCCGAGGCCUGCGGAGGCAUCUGUCGCUUCAGUUUCGAAGAGCUGUGCGCGACAGAUGUGUUCGCCGCGGACUACCAGGCCCUGAGCGGGUAUUUCCACACGUUGGUGCUGGAGGGGGUGGCCUGUAUGGGAGCGCGGAGGGCGAACGAGGCCAGGCGCUUCAUCACCCUUGUGGAUGUCCUCUACGAGAGCAAGACUCGCCUUCUCAUGUCGGCGGAGAGGCCCAUCGGAAAUUUGUUUCUGGGGGAGGAGAGGAAGGAGGAAGGGAAUACAGGCAGCGGUGGGGUAGUUGGUGGCAGCGGCGUCCAGGUCGGCUCGGG